AUGCCAGGUAAGGACUCAUCGCAGCCAGAACCCAACCUCGCAAGCGAGCCUUCGAGCCUUCUCUCACCAACCGCGCACCCACAAGCAAGCGUCAUCGUCCACAAGUGGCUAGACGGUAUCAGGGCAGGGGCUCCUGAUCAAGAGAAUGUGCUUCAAGAGAAGGAGCUUCAAGGCAACCCCGCUACUAUUGAGUCAAUCGAAAUUGCUUUCUCGCCGCUGGACUCGAUGCCACCUUGGGAAGCAGUCGACGAUCAAAUGCCAGAGCAAGACAGCCCUCCCUCAACUUUCUCGGGGCAGACCAAGAGGCUUGACCCCACUAGCUCUGCGUACUGGGGCACACUGAAGCGGAACAACGUUGUUUUAGACCAAGCGGGACUUCAUAUACCACACGAGACUAAGAUCAAGAAUCUUGUGAUCAAAAUCUGGCAUGAGGCGGAACCCACAGUUUCUGCAAUCAACAAAUCGCCGCUAUUUGAUCUCGACUAUUAUCCUACCCUAACUGAAGGCGGCGGCGACACACCAUGGACAAGGCAGCCGCUGCCGAGCAACCCUGAGGCCUCGGUCCCCAUCCUCACCCCUGAGCCCGUCAAACAUUUUGGCUUCCCGCUCGCUCUUGAAUCCGAGUGGAGCGAUGAGGAGCUUGGCGUUGCCGAACACCCCUUCACCCAGCCUUACACCCAGCCCUCUCGCGAGAACAUGUUCCCCUGCCUGAUCUUCGAGCUCGAAUCCGAAGCUACAAAGGGCAGCCUGUACGCCGCAGAAGCUUCGGCCGCCGGUGCCGGCGCCCACCGCGUCGCAUCCCUUCUCUGGCUGCUGGACGUCGUCGAGCCCGGUCGUGAGCGCGCUUGUACCGAUGCUCUCGCCUUCUCCUCCGUUGUUAGCCAGCGCCAGGCUGUGGCCUACGUUCACUUUUACAAUCCCGCGAACCAGACCUUCUACAUGUCCUUUAUCGAUGCCUUCUACUUUGUCAAGAGCACAGAUGCGCAGAGCUGUCGCGAUCACCACAAGAACGUGGCUGAGUGGAUGCUUAAUAUCUUACAGCCCAUUGUGCGCGACCUACUCACCAGGGCGCAUCCCAUCGUCAAGACGUGGUAG